UUUUCAAUGCCUUUAGGCUGUGGUGCAAGGCCAUUUUUGCUGGCUACAAACGUGGCCUCCGAAACCAGCGGGAGCACACUGCCCUUCUGAAAAUUGAAGGUGUUUAUGCCCGUCAGGAGACAGACUUCUACUUGGGCAAGAGGUGUGCCUAUGUAUACAAAGCUAAAAACAACACUGUAACCCCCGGUGGCAAGCCCAACAGGACACGAGUGAUCUGGGGGAAGGUAACCCGUGCCCAUGGGAACAGCGGCAUGGUUCGUGCCAAGUUCCGCUCCAACCUUCCUGCCAAGGCCAUUGGACACAGAAUCCGAGUGAUGCUGUAUCCAUCUAGGAUCUAAAUUUUUAUUGGAAAUAAAAUGGAGAAUCUGUUUA